CUAUUACAUUUUUUUAAAGGCUGAGGACCCGGACAUAUUCUUGUUCUGUAUCAUCUUCCAGAUUCAAGAGGGGGCCGAGGAGAAACAUUGUUUUGUCGCAGAAAAUUUGAGAUCCAUGAAUCAGUGGAUUUCUGCCCUAGCGGAGUCCAGCUAUGAGAAGAAGAGAGAACAGCUGAUAAAUCUUCAAAUUAAACUACGUUCAACAACAGGCAUUGAUCCACUAGGAAAACUAGGUGGAACUAAUCUAGAAUGGAACCCGUUGUACACCCUGCCGCAGGAGGAAUCAGUGCAAUACAUCACCCCUCGAAGUGCAAGGAAAUGUAUACAUCGAAAAGCUCCGCCCAUCCCUGGAUCCAACGGCUCCGCCCCUAAGUCCAACUUUACCUCCCACCUGGGUAUAACAGCCUGGGAAGAGGAGGGGAAAGGGAGAGAGGAGGAGAAGAAGGAUUGUGAUAACUGUGAUAAAAGUGUGGGACAAGUCACUCCGUCCUUUAAAAGUCAUCUACCCGAUAUGGACACUAACUUAAUACAGUUUUAGCUUUCCUCAUCAUUUAAAAGACUCUCCUUUUAACCCUAUCCCUGCUGGGAUUCUGUCUGGAAAGUUUCUUUUUGACCUAUAAUCUAUAUAUCUUGUUAAUCAUCCGUUAAUACUAAUCUUUUUAAUUCGUCCUCAGUGGUUUGUUUUUAGAACAAUGCAUUGAGUUAUACAGUAACUUGAUCAAUUAAGCUGUACUUACUUUUUUAUAUCUGUACAAUACACGUGACUAAACUGUACAGUGUACAAUUGUAUGUACGAAGUAGCAUUGCAUUUAUCAAGUUAAACCAUCUUUGCCUUAUAUUUUAUUUUUUAUUUAUAAUAACUAAACAGUGCUUUCGUUCAAAUAUUUAAAGGGACUGUACACGUAAUUUCAUUUCCCGUCCGUUGUAAAGAGAAGCAGGUCCGAUUCACAACGGUACUUAGAAACAAUGUGGAAGAUAUCGUGGGCGUUUUUCUUAAGAACAGGUUUAUUUUGGAUAAGUUUAAAGGGCUUUGUUGUGAAUCGGACAUGCCACUCUAUGAUUGGAGGGUCACUUGAAAUUACGUCUACAGUCCCUUUAAUUAAAGCUUAGGUUUAAGUUUGAUUGAUUGUAAACCUUGACCAUUUAUUAAUUUCAAACAUUAAUAUUAUUUUUAUUUUAUGAUUUCAUUUGAUAAUAUGCAUUUUGUUAAUGUUUCAGA